AUGAUGUCUGCGGAGAACGCCAAGAUCGAGCAAGCAGCGGCCAUCCUCCACGCAGCUAUCGAGGGGUUGGAGCGUCCCGUGCCUUUGCAUGGUCAGGGACCGCUCUGUGCCCUCCGCUGGCACAAGAGGCUGCUGCCACUGCUCACGCUGUGGGCAUUUCUGGGGAUGCUGAUCGAGUUCUUCGUAGAGCCCCACUGGUGUAGCUUCGCGGAGCAUCGGUGUGCAGAGGAGGCCGUGGAGCAGUACUUGAUGUCCCAGCUCCCGAUGCUUCGGCGAAGGUCGCCGGCCAUGAUCUGCACAAACUGCAUCUACAUGGCACCAUUUAUCAUCGAUAUCUUCCUCCAGCAUCGUGCAUUUGGCAAGAAGAUCUGCCACGAAGACCGGAUGUAUGUCGUCUACGUAUGCUGCGUCCUGUUGUACUGCGCGCGCCCACUGGGCAGCCUUUUCUUGGCGGGCGAAGCACCACCUGUACUUCCGUUUCUCCGCGCCGGCAUCUUCGUCGUCUUCUUUCCCCGCGUUGGAAAGCAGAUUUUGAUUAUGUCACACUCCAUGAUUCACGUUGUCGAGCUUUUGGCUCUUGGAUUCUUGCUGUUGGUCUUCUUCGCUUGGAUGGCACUGGUGGUGUUUCCCCCAGACACAGAGGAGGGUGCUGGCUAUUUUCCAGCCUUCCUUCCGGGCAUGUGGAGCCUUUUUGUCCUUCUCACGACGGCCAACUUUCCCGAUAUUAUGCUGCCAGCUGUGCAGCGCCACCGGUCUGCCUUCAUCUUCUUCUUGCUCUUCCUGCUCAUCGGUAUGUUUUUCUUGGUGAAUGUCUUUACGGCCGUGGUGAUGCAGGCCUACCAAGCCCAGGUAGAGUCAGACUUGGAAAGUCGGAAGAAUCUCAGGCAGAACAAAGUCAAAGAGGCUUUUGCUCUGCUGAACUCUGAGGGUGCCCUCUCUGUGGAUGAUCUGCAGAAGGUGAUCGAGGAGAUAAGCCAGUAUGCAGACACGCGGAAUGCGCAGAUGGUCAAUGCCCUUGAUAUCGACACCAGCAAGGACGGCAUCAUCAGCCAGCAAGAGUUCGGAGCUCUCAUCGGCGCGCUGAACACUGCCAUGCAGACGUGGGUUCCGCCUCCGUACUUAGAAGUGCUCUUUCCGGGCCUGCAAGAUCAUCCCGUUUGGCUGAAGGUGAAGAAAUAUCUCGGCCAAGUCGAUAGAAUUGGAUGGAUCAUAGACUUUGUUUUGGUCAUCAACCUCGCAGUGAUGUUGUACCAAAUGUGGCCUGUGAUGGCAGGCACUGUCUCCACAAACACAGGAGUUGCGGAGAAGAUGGAACUGACUGCUGUUACGGGAUGGAGACAAAAUGUCUUCACUUGGCUCUUUAUCUUCGAAGCGGCCGCCAAGAUCACAGUUCUGGGAGUGCCAACAUACUUCUCUAUACAUACCAACCAGUUUGACUUCGUCUUGACCGCGAUCAUCGCAUUAACCAGCUUUGCAAUUGCAUGUCCAUAUGUAGACUAUAAUGACUGGAACCUUGUUCAAGUGGUGGCGUGCGCCCGAUUAUUCCGUCUUUUCCGAUUGCUCAACAUCUUUCAGCCGUACCACGACCUGGGAAGGAUUACUUUCCUGCUGCUCCCUACAGCUUUGGACAUUUUCAUGAUCCUGGCACUGAUCUGCUAUAUCUUCUCAGCAAUCGGGGUAUCCCUCUUCGGAGGCAUGAUCAGCACCGACCCACGCAACGCUUAUCAUGCCGCAGUAGCGGCCUCCAGCUUCGGUCAGGCUGGUUAUUGGGCCAGCAACUUCAAUGACUUCGGCAUGGGUGUGAUGACCCUAUUUGAGCUCCUGGUUGGCAACAACUGGACUAUAGUUUGUGAUGGCUUCACGGCUGCUGCUGGUGUGUGGGCUCGCUCAUUCUUCGUGAUCUUUCACAUCCUUGGAGUGCUGGUGGGUUUGAACCUCCUGGUGUCCUUCAUCAUCGGAGGCUUCGUGGAAGAGUACGAGACUGCUGCACACAGGCUCACAAAGAAAUUCGAAAAUCAAGAAGCAGAGUUCGUGGUCGAUUCGUUGUGA